CGUUAGUAGUGCAGCCCUUUCAGUCUUUUGCUUUAAAAUGAACCACAUGUUCGGCUGAAUCUACGUGGUGUACGCAGAAGAAAACGGUAACAUGAAAUGGAGAUCACUCGGGCCAGACCGUCCUUGUAUGGAGAAAUCGCUCAUGGUCUUGGAUUCUGGACAGACCGGUCGGCAGUGCAUGAGGCUGCUGCACAGGGCAGGGCCCUCCAGCUGCAGCAGCUGAUUGAGGGAGGUGCAGCAGUUAACAUUGUGGCAGUUGACUCCAUCACCCCCCUGCAUGAGGCGUGUAUACAGGGACAGACCCAAUGCGUCAGACUGCUGCUGGACGCUGGUGCACAGGUGGAUGCUCGUAACAUUGAUGGCAGCACUCCGCUGUGUGAUGCCUGUGCAGCCGGUAGCCUGGAAUGUGUCAAGCUGCUGCUGGAGUAUGGUGCAACAGUUAAUCCUCCACUGUUUACUUUCUCACCUCUUCAUGAGGCUUGCAUGGGAGGUAAUUCAGAUUGUGUUCAGCUCAUGAUUGAUCAAGGUGCUUUCAUGGAGGCUCAUGACUGCCACUAUGGGACACCGCUUCAUGUCGCCUGUGCAAGGCAACAUUAUGACUGCGCCAAAGUUCUCCUCAAUGCAGGGGCAAAUGUAAAUGCUGCCAAGCUACAUGAGACGGCACUUCAUCAUGCAGCCAAAACAAAGAACGUUGACUUGAUUGACCUCCUUGUGGAGUUUGGGGGGAAUGUGUACGCCAGGGAUAACCUGAACAAAAAACCCAUCCACUACACCAGUGUGAAAUCUCCCUCUUAUCUCUGCCUUGAGUUCUAUGAGAAGACCCCCCUCAGUCUACAGCAGAUCAGCAGAGUGGCUGUGAGAGGGACUCUUGGCACAAGAGCACGUGAAGUUGUUUCCAAACUGGACUUGCCCAGUCGCAUCAUAAGUUUUCUUUCUUAUAUGCCACCUCCAGCUAUUGAAAUUUAAUUACCUAUGGGGAACUUAAGAUGCAUCUAUUAGAGGGUUAAAUCUAGACCAGAUAUAUCUGCUGGCUCUGUUCUCUGUCUGGGAAGUCAUAUGACAGGAUGUGGAAGUUUGCAGAAGUGCAGCUCAGAUGAAAUGUCUUAACACUGCCAGACUAGUAGGGUGCAGAGAGAUGUCAUAACUUAAAUAACCAGACUGUUUACCCAAGCAAAUUAAAAAGGGCUUAAUUUGCUCAUUAACUUAAAGCUGCAUUAACAGAUUUUUUGACCAUUUGGGAAAAGAAAAAGACAGCCUUAAAAAAGGCACCAUCAGCUUAUCAAGAUGUUAUGGCUAACUUGUUGGCAAACAGCUGCCUAAUGACACAUCCAGCAGAUACAGAGCAACAGGAGCAUCCCAAUGGAGUCAUGUUUAUGGCCACCAAAUGAAUGUUAAGUUCAAUAUUUAAUUGCUUUUACCUCUAGCUUGGUCCACCAACUCACCAUAGGGAAAAUAUCUUUACUCACCACUCAUUUACUUAAACUAUGCUGUUUCAUACUCGGCAGGUAGUGCACAGUUAGUUUGUCAUGUUUGUCUUUAGCUUGUUUGCAAGAGAAAUGGCUGCUCCUGGUGGUUAAGAGAGGUGAAACUCAACCUUACAGUCUGUGUGAAGGCCAAAAGGCCACACCCAUGGUAAACCCACACAGGUGCUAUUAAUUAUUUUGGCUGAUCUGAUCAGAUUAAUUUCCAGAGGCUUUGGCAACACUACCGACCAUUUCACAUGACUUGGAGUCAUUUGAAUCAGUGUCAAUAUCAAAAGUAUUGUUUAAUGGAGCUUGAAAUAUAUAAAUCUGAACUUGUCUUGCUCAUCAUGACCAAGUAAGUGUGAAUGUAAAUGUGAUUUCAUCAUAGGUCCUGUAAUACCUUUACUGAACCCAGAGGGAACAUGUAGUUGUAUGUGUAUGUUGAUUACUACGAUUAUAUCACUGUAUGUAUUUGUAUAUGUACUGUAACUAUUUAUUUUUAAUGUAAAUUUGUAAAUAAUACAGAUUGUUCUACCUCUAUUCAAUUUGUGUAAAUAAAUAGACCACUACCGGACUAUUUUAAAAACAA